UAAAGAAUGAACACACUACAUACACAUCAAUUCUUGAUGAAGAGAAAUUCUUUUCGCCUGUCGACCGGCUGACCGGACCGCUAAAAGGUUUUCCCUCCAUCGGUGACAUUUUCCGGCUGUCACUUGCCGCACUCUCCACUGCUGUUGCUGUCUGUCCCUGUGGUACGUGCAAUCUGGGUCACCACCAUCACCGCGGCUAAAGCAAUCACAGUAAGCCGUGCAGGUUCUGGUAGAGUGACAGACAUAAAGAGCAAAGCAAGCAAAAAAAAAAAAAACACAGGUUAGAGGUACUGCGAACGGUUGAUUACGCAAUUUGCGGAAUUUGAGUGGCAGCUGAGUUGGUGAUUAUUAGGGGGAAAAUUAGGUUAUUAGAAUGCUCUUUUUUUGGUUGCGUGUCUAUCGGCGUUUUUUGAUCAGUGAAUUCGAUAGAAGGGGAACCCCUUUCACCUAAUGACUGCAGAGAACGACAACUAAGAAGGCAGCCAACUGUUCGUGGUUCAGGAAAAUGAAAAAGGACAAUAGACUCCGCGAAAUAGUUCGCUGUGGAUUCGACCAUACUGAUGCGAUCAUCUGCUGCCCGAGUGCAUAUCCGUCAAGUAUCAGAAUGCCAGCCAAGAAUCCGGGCGUUAGUGCGAGGUUAGCGUGCGAUCGGAUUCCAACAAUCGCAUCCCGGUUGACACAUCACAUUAUCGAAGGAGAUGAGGCGGAAGAUGGCGAGUUUCCAUUCAUGGUAGCAUUGGGCUACGAAAGCCAGGACGGAACCGCAAAGUAUACCCAGGGUUGUGGUGCUAGCUUGAUUUCCGAGAAUUUCCUGCUAACGGCUGCUCAUUGUGUUUCCGGAAAUAAAAAUCCGAUUGUGGCUAUCUUGGGCACUAAUAAUCUUAGUUCCACCUAUGCUAUUACGGUUGGAUUCAAGACCUUUCGCGCGAUGUCCUCGGCGUUCGUCGUCGGCAGUAAUGGGGUACACUCCAGCAGCAACAGCAGCCAACGGGACGCGAACGGUGAACUGCUGAAGCUGGCGCUCAAGAAACCCAAAUCGUGGAAGUGGGAGCUGACGACUUCUAGCUCGUCGCCAGCGAUCAGCUUUCCUAAGAUCCAACUUUUCGACAGCCGAACCGGGCAGCUAAUGGUCGAGGUGGAUCGGCCGGAUUGUGUGUCGAAGAGCGAAGAGCUGCCGAAUGGUGCUGGCACUGGAAAUGAUAGCUCGAAAAACUCGCUGGAGCGCAAGGGUCGCGACCAGCGCUACCAACGAUCACAGAGUAUGUGCAUCCGCGAGAAGGUCAACACUUCGGGCGAGUACUUGAGUGACGUGUUCGAGCAACUCCAGAACAAGGGAUUGGGUCAUAAGCUGGCGACAAGUGUGCACCAGUACCGAGUGGAAGAUGGUGAAGGCGAAGCUCAGGAGGAACCUUCACCACUGCAGAAAAGCAAAUCGGUGGGUGAAUUCCGUAGAAGUGUUUCCGUUGAUCAGGUUCCGACCAAGAAGAAAGUGCUUAGAUCGGUUUCCAGCCGAUCCAGUUCGAUCCUCGGCCGUAUCAGUGAAUUGUACAAAAGUUCAACCGAAGAAGAACCAUCGCCGGUUGCUGCCCCCGCCCCGCUUCCUCCGCCUCCGACGAUACCAGAGAUCAACAUCCCCGAUGAAGAACCCUGCCCUGCAGCACCAGCACCCACAGAACCCAAGCCCAAAAUCUACAAACUGGUUCGCAGUAACGCCGGAACGCUGAUGGUUCGAGAAGAGAGUUUCCACACCCAGCGUAGCCUGCGGCGGCGCCGCCAGGAACAGCUGGAGGCCGAGGAGCAGAGACUGCUCGCUCCAGCGGAGGGUCGAAUCAUGCUGCAGGACUUUAUUCCCGAGUCCUACGACAGCACGCUUAACGAAAUUGACUCCCUCAUCUCGAAGGUAAUGCUGUCGCACACGCUGCCAGCGGCCGACGUUGACUGCCGGACUGAGCACCGAAGACGAUCGAUGCAGAAUGGCAGCGGCGGUGAGCAACAGUCGAAGAAACGCCGCUCGCGGCGAAGUGCCAGUGCGGGUAGUAAUGCAAGCGGCUACGGUAGUGGCCGAAGCAGAACCUCAACUAUUGAGCAGCAGCGAGAAUACUCUUCUUCGGAAGAGGAAUCAAUCCUCCAGGCAGCGGAAACCAGAUUCGGGUCACUAAAGCGACGAGGACGAGCGAAACAUCGAAAGAACGACGCUGGCAGCGGGGAAAGGCCACAGGAAUCGAACGCACACGCCCCGGCAACUGCUGCCAGUUGCCCGGCCCACGCAGCCGGAUCGAAGCAGCCAUCACCGCCCUCGGUGCAGUCCUCGUCCAGUUCACUGUCGACGCUUUCACCUCCGUCGGCUGAAGAGUCGUUUCGUCAAAGUGGUCCGAGUCCUACUUCGAGGGCUUCGACGGCGGGAGCCGUGGUAAUCGAGAGUACUUCUUUGCUGGAGUGUGGCCAACAUUCCGGGGAGCCAAUAAAUGUUACGGCGCUGGAAGAUGAAGUGGAACUGUCGGUUGCAGGCGGGAUGAUUCUAAAACAAAAUUCCUCACAUAAAAUAAUCCAGAAGGAAAAAAUAUCGAUUGAUGAAGACUGCUCGGAAAGCCACUUGAAGAGAGAGUCGUUGUCAGACGAAAGUAAGAAAAAUUCCAACGGCCAGGUCAAACAAAAAGAGGAAUCGCUUUCCGACGCCAUCGCCGCUUAUUCGGAGGUGCUUGAGAGUUUCUACCCCAAGCAGCAACCGAAAGUAGAAGAACAGCCCAAUUCAACCUACGAUUCGCGAGCUUCCCGUAGACGUGUGCGCUUCAGUGAAAGUCCAUCCUAUCCGGCGCUGCAGUCCAGCACCACCAGGAUUCACUCUCCGUCCUGGUAUUCUGCACCCCGUCCUGCUAGUAUCGCGACAUCGCACUCAACUUCCUCACUAGCAUUUCUACGCAUCCAAGAGUCACUGGACAGCUCGAAGCAACUCCUGCAGCAGCAGCUGCAGUAUCAAUCUCCGGCGGCGGUUGUCGUACAGCGGCGUCCCCAAAAAACCUACGCCAGACGAUCCCAUCGUUCCAGUCUGAUAUUACCCUGAAUGCACAUCAUUAACUCAGUAGAAAAAAAGAUUUUUAACAUUCAACUCACGCUCUUGCUUCAGUGUCAAACUCGCUCGCGAAAAUAUAACGAAUAUACACAGACUAAACUGCACUAAAGCCAUCGAAACCGUAGGUUUCGUCAUUAUCCUGACACCUAGUCAUCAUCAUCAUCAUCCUCAUCACCAUUCCCAACACUAUUAUUUUCGUCAUCAUCCCUCGUCACAGAUAUCACGUCCCAACCGGAUUACAAAACUGUCGUGCGACCUCCCGUAGCUUGGCGCCGGUUUUUUUUUCUGCUAACUUUUUCUUCUUCUUCAAUUUGUCCGCUUUCACUCGCACCUGGUGGAUUCGGAAAUUGCACCAAUUGGUGUGGGUUUCCUGUGCGCGCAUAUUCAGCUGGAAAACGGACCAAACGUCGGACGGAAUCGGUUUAUGGCCGUCUCGUCGUAGGUAGGCAGCCAUCAAAUUUACGUUCGUCCUACAUUCGCUUGGGCUAGGAAAACUAGGAAAAGUGUCACAUUACACCCUGGACCUCGGACGGUAAUUCCAUUAUGACUACACCGACCGACAGUGUGGACGUGGACGAACGAGAGAAGAAAUUGAUUUACCCGACUUGGAAGGACAAAAUUACCGGCCAGUCUUACACUCGCGUGGGAGGACCAUUGUGACAGCUUUUCGAAUUGUGGUUUUUAUCGUAGCGCAAUAACGAAUUUACACGAGCAAUUUCUAGCAGUUGAUGGUGCAAAGUAAGGGCACCCUGGUAAUGGAUAGGGUAAUUGCAUUGCAGUUGAAGCUUUUUUCCCCCUGUGCGAUACUUAUCGCUGAGAGCAAUUUGCAGUUGGAGUAGUUUUUUUUCUUUCUUCAAGUUGCAGUUUAAAUGACUUUUUUGUGAUGAUUUCCUCUGCAAUCCUCAAUGUUUU